AUGCGUGGAUUCAUCUUUGGACAGUUGUUUAAUCUCACGGAUGGUCAUAAAAGAAAUGAAUCUCUUGUGGGGACAACAAACACAGAAAAAGCCUUUAAGUUUGGGUUCACAACCUUGGAUGGCAAAGAAGAAACUGGACCAGCUAGUACAUCCGGGUAUGCAGGAACAUCACUUGACGGCAAAGUCACUUUAAGUAAUGGCACCCAAAUUUGGAGUGUUCCAGUGACGGGAGGGUACAUCAUCGAAGCAUUUGGUGCCUCAGGUGCCAAUGGUACAGAUUUCAAUCAGUCCGAAUGGAGGAUCGGCGGCUUGGGAGCCAAGAUGGAAGGAACUUUCACUCUUGCAAAAGGCGCCAAACUCAAGAUACUUAUUGGCCAAGAGGGUCACCGUACUGCGGACUUCGGUGAUAAGCCUGGGGGUGGGGGUGGUGGCACUUUUGUGACUCUCUUAGAUGAUACUCCGCUAAUUAUUGCCGGUGGGGGUGGGGGUGGAGGGUCACCGAAAAAGCAAUAUGAAGACGGUGACCCUGGUUAGGCGACAGAGAAUGGCACCAGGUGUGGUGGGACAGGAGGGAAUGGUGGCCAACCUUGCAACUCUGAUACAGGGAACGUGGACCCUGGUAUCUUAGCAGGAGGGGGGGCUGGGCUCAAAGGCAACGGGGGAGGAGGAAGUAGUGGGCCUACGAUAACGAGUUCGUUGAGUUUCAUUAACGGCGGAACUGGGGGAACAUGUCCCGUAUCCAAAGGGGGAUUCGGUGGUGGAAGCUUUAGCUUUCUGGCUGGUGGAGGAGGGGGAGGGUAUUCCGGUGGGGGAGUUGUGGGGAGUUCCUCAAUUGGUGUGGCAGGGGGAGGGGGUUCGUAUAAUAUUGGUACAAAUCAACAGAACAAGGCGGGUGUUAACAAAGGUGAUGGCAAGGUGAUUAUCACAUUAAAGAACUGA